AUGUGUGUGCCCGCCUCCAGCACGCCGUGCACACUAGCCAAUGAGAGCCGGAGGCAGGUUGAUUGUCAGCAUGCUGUACCUAUGAAGAGGAAGUGCGUCACACCUGCCAAGGAAUUCCUCGUUCUGCCAAAGUCCAGCAAGGAGGCCCUAGUCCCGCCCCCCGCUCCGGAGAGGUCGCCUUCCCUGACGGGCGUGAGCACAAACCUAUCGGAGGGCGAGACGGCCGGUGGGAGGGCGGCAGGGCCCGUCCCGCGCCCAAUCAGCGGGCGGCGCUGCCGGAGCGGCGGGCGCGGCACCGAGCCGGGGGCGGGGCGAGCAUCGCUCCCGCAGGCGGUGCUGGCGGCGCAGCGGCGGGGAGAGGACGUGGAGACCUCCAAGAAGUGGGCAGCAGGCCAAAACAAACAACACUUCAUCACAAAGAACACAGCCAAGCUCGACCGAGAGACAGAAGAGCUGCACCAUGACAGAGUUCCCCUGGAGGUGGGCAAAGUAAUCCAGCAGGGUCGGCAGAGCAAGGGCAUGACACAGAAGGACUUGGCCACAAAAAUCAAUGAAAAACCACAAGUCAUUGCUGACUACGAAUCAGGAAGAGCAAUCCCCAAUAACCAGGUUAUGGGCAAGAUUGAAAGAGCCAUUGGCCUUAAACUGCGUGGGAAGGAUAUUGGAAAACCGCUCGAAACUGGCCCCAAAGGGAAAUGACAACAAAGCCUCGAAAUCAGUUUGCUCAGACUGAUCUCGUCUGGCUGGUUCUUCCUAACCACCGGAAUCUCUCUUCAUAUUGCCAAGCUGAACAAGAGGGUUUCAGACUUGCUUUGGGGGGGAAAUCUGCAGAAUCUGUACCUGCUGUAAAAAGGCAACCUUAAAGAAGCGAUUGUCCUGAUUUUGUUUUUUCCUUCCUCCUUUUCAGAGAUUGAUGAACUAAACCUCCCCAGCCCUCCCCCCCCCAAAAAAAAAUACUGCAUCUAAUUUGCCAGAAAACACGUACGUCUUGGUGUUUAGAAGCAGCUAAUGUUAAGAUACUUGGAGCUGUCUGAAAUGUGAUCAUUUGAUUGGAGCAAUUUUGGGGAAGGGUGGGAUAUAUUAUAAAUAACUUGGGAGAGUUGAGGUUUGAUCAGUGUCUGCAUUUGAAAUGAUGACUAAGUCACUGCAUUGCAAUGACAUUUUUGUUCCUUCCAGCCUGUUUUAAAGAGAUCUAUAAUAAAGUUUGAUACCCUUCAGUUGCA